AUGUCAUCGAAACAUUGUCUGAAGAAGCAGCGAGAAUCUCGUCGCAAUCGUUUAGCUAUUUUUAAAUCAACAAAUGUUUGCUUGACAGAUUUUGAUCGAGAUAAUCGAGCAUUAUUCGAAGCAGUGAACAAUCAAGAAUACGAUAAAGUUCUCGAUUUAUUACAGAAAGGCAUUGAUCCAUGUAUUGCUGAUGAACAUCAACGUACACCUAUUCAUAUUGCAUCGACAAAGAAAAAUUCGGCAAUAGUCAAAAUUUUAAUUGAUUUUGGUGCUGAUAUAGAUGCACAAGAUUCACUGUCAAAUACACCGUUACAUUUGGCAUGUGUAACGGGACGAUUAGAUGUAGCAUCUAUAUUAUUAAAAUCAGGUGCAAAUGUAUUUGCAUUAGAUAACAGUGGAAUAACUCCAAUGUCAUUAGCUCUAAGUAGAUUACAGAUAAUAAUGAAAGAUAGAGUGAUUUCAUCAAAUACGGCCAAAGGAGAAAUUAUUCAGUUAAUAAUCAUGUUAAAAGAAUAUUUACCAAGAAGAAAUCAAAGUAUAGCUGAUGUAUCAUCGUUAUGUGAACAGUUGGAAAAAUUGAAUGAACCUUCACGUGAAGAAGUUGAUGCCAUUAGUAAUAUAUUAUUAGAAAAAUUACAAAUGUAA